ACUGUUUACCAAGAAAAUUAAUUGACCCCUCUUUUGAUUUCUUCUCCCAAAAAUCUAGGGUUCUUUUGUUUCUAUUCGUUUCCUUUCAAUUUCAACAGCAACUGAUUCUCUUGUUCUAUAUCUUCUUAUUGAUUUCACCAUACUCAAUUUUUUUUCUUUUUUACCCUUAAUUGUUGGUUUCUAGGGUUUCAGUAAUUGAUUCUCUUCACGGGAAUUAUUUGGGGGUUGGGAUUUUGAUGUCCCUUUGUUGUGUUUUUGUUAAUGGGUUUCUGGAUUUUUUUUUUUUUUUUUGUAGAAUUUGAUCUUUAUUAGGUUUUGGAAUUGGUGAAUUUUAAGGGAUGUUGAAUGUGGGGAUAUGGAUAUGUUGCUUGUGGUCUGGAUGGUUGUUUCUGAGAAUGCAGGGGAAUGGGAAGAACUUUGAUUUUUGGUUCUUGAGUCAAAGUUUGUUAUUUAAUUGCAAAAUUGACUAAAUUGAGCUUCAGAUAACUUUUAUUAUUAUUUUUUUAUCUAUUUUUGGUAAUUGUAACUUGAUCAAGGAAAACAAUAACUGAUUUGGAUCUUUAAAGUUUUUAGUAUUUGGAAAAUCUUGAAUUGACCCCAUCAAUUAAGCUACUUUUUUCUAUUUCUUGAUCUAUUGGAGCAGGCCUGUGGUUACAAAUCAGUUUUCCUUGAGGGAAUUUCAAAGCAUGCAGUCAAAGUCGGACAAUAGAAAUCAAUUAGAACCUGAUUCACAUGUUCUUCUGCCAAACUCGGUUUAUUCUGAGCCCUGGUGGCGUGCGGCUGGUUACAAUCCUAACUCCACUGGACUGAGAGGUGAAAAUGUGUCCAAUUCGUCUUCAAUGGAAUGCCCUAAUGAUUUGGAGUCAAAUGAUGGCCAGUCACUGUCAAAUGGUAUGCUGGAUGAGGAGGAGGAUGCUAACAAAGAAGCACAAACUACUGCUUCUUCGCAGUCAGCUGGAAAUAGUGGGCAGAAACAUCAAAAUUUGACACAUGUUACAUCAACCGUGUCUGCUGCACACAGUGAUUGCCUGACACAAGCUCCCCAGCUUGAACUUAUUGGUCACUCAAUUGCAUGUGCAUCAAAUCCAUAUCAAGAUCCUUAUUAUGGGGGCAUGAUGACAGCAUAUGGGCAUCAGCCUUUGGGUUAUCCUCAUUUUGUUGGAAUGCCUCAUGCUAGAAUGUCUUUGCCCCUCGAGAUGGCACAAGAACCACCUGUAUAUGUGAAUGCCAAACAGUACCCAGGAAUUCUGAGACGACGACAGGCACGUGCCAAAGCAGAACUUGAGAGGAAGCUUAUAAAAGCCCGGAAGCCAUAUCUUCAUGAAUCUCGCCACCAGCAUGCUAUGCGAAGGCCAAGGGGCACUGGAGGACGUUUUGCCAAGAAAACUAAUGGUGAUGCCGCUAAGUCUUCUGCUGAGGAAAAGGGAACUGGUUCAGGUCCCAUCAUUUCUCCUCAGUCUGCCACUUCCUCAGGUUCUGAACCAUUGCUGUCUGAUUCAGCUAAAAGCUGGGACUCCUCCAUUAAUCAGCAAGAAGCAAGAGGAUCCCAAGUGCAUGACAUACCUAUUGUAAAUGGCAGUGGUCAUUACCAGAGUCACGGUGGCUUGCAGGCCCCGUCAUAUCCUUCAAAGGGAAGAGGAGAGAAUGGAGACUUUGGCCAGCGAGGGAGCAUCUCCUCUAAGCAGUCUUCACAGAGGCCUCUUGCUAUCCAGUGAACCCCUUGUGUUGGGUGGGUGCCAAGAUGGAGGUUUCCCACCCAAACAUAGGGCUGUGAAGUCAUUCUUGGCAAUCCUGUUGUCAGGGCGGCAAUUCAUUCUUGGCUUUGGACUUGUGUUUGUUUAGGUUGCAGUGAAAGGGGAGAAGAGAUGGGUGGGGCUUUGUUUAUGUUUGCCACAGCUUCAUUCAUCAUUUUUUCCAUUCUUCAUCAUUGUACAGAAUUGAAUAAACUAAAAACGUAGCUUAAUUUGUGAGGAUUCCAUACAAACUGACAGAAACCUGGUUUUCUGUGAAAACGUCAUUUAUUCUAUCAAAACUUGUAUCCUGUUUUAAACAUGACCUUUUAGGAAGUUAAGUUUCUCAAAAAAGAACCGUCUUUUGACAUUCUUUGUGGUAGACAAGUAGAUAGCCUGCUAGGUUUCAGUACCCCUGCUGUCAUCUAAUUGUAAACGAGCACUUUGCAGAGGAGGCUGCGAUUAUGAAUGCCUCUUGUAUGGAUACUCACCUGCGUUCAAGGAACGAUCUCUUCACAAGUUCACAAAACCUUCCUGUUUUCGCACUGACAUUGGCUUCUCAUCAGGCCCCUUUCUAAUCAUUUGCUCAUAAUGACAUUUACUUCGCCUUCAAUUCUCCUGCUCUCCAGCACAAACCCUCAAAAAUGGAUGAAGGUGGGAAACCAGGGUGAGUUUUCUGAUGAGGAAACUUCACGAAUCAAUCACCCAUCGUCAU